AUGCAGUCCCUGAACAUCACCCCGGAGCAGUUCGCCCGGCUGCUGCGGGAGAAUAACGUGACCCGGGAGCAGUUCAUCGCGCUCUACGGGCUGCAGCCGCUGGUCUACGUCCCGGAGCUGCCCGGCCGCACCAAGCUGGCCUUCGUGCUCGUCUGCGUGCUCAUCUUCGCCCUGGCGCUCUUCGGCAACUGCCUGGGUGCUCUACUGGUGACCCGCAGGAAAGCCAUGAGGACCGUCACCAACAUCUUCAUCUGCUCCCUGGCGCUCAGCGACCUGCUCAUCGCCUUCUUCUGCGUGCCCGUCACCAUGCUCCAGAACAUUUCCUCGAACUGGCUGGGGGGUGCAUUUGCUUGCAAGAUGGUACCAUUUGUUCAGUCUGCUGCUAUUGUUGCUGAGAUUCUCACAAUGACCUGCAUUGCUGUGGAAAGGCAUCAGGGAAUUGUGCAUCCUUUAAAAAUGAAAUGGCAGUACACCAACAGAAGAGCUUUCACAAUGCUGGGAAUAGUCUGGUUGCUGGCAGUUAUUGUUGGAUCACCUAUGUGGCAUGUACAGCGACUGGAGAUUAAAUACGACUUUCUGUAUGAAAAAGAGUAUGUUUGCUGCUUGGAAGAGUGGACAAGCGCCGUUCACCAAAAGAUAUAUACCACCUUCAUUCUUGUCAUACUAUUCCUUCUUCCACUGAUGCUGAUGCUUCUGUUGUACAGUAAGAUUGGUUAUGAACUCUGGAUUAAGAAACGAGUGGGAGUUGCUUCAGUUCUUCAAACCAUUCAUGGGAAUGAAAUGUCUAAAAUAUCAAGGAAGAAGAAGCGAGCAAUCGUUAUGAUGGUGAUGGUGGUGGUUUUAUUUGCAGUCUGCUGGGCCCCUUUCCAUGUGAUUCACAUGAUGAUAGAAUACAGUAAUUUUGAAAGUGAGUAUGAUGAUGUCACAAUCAAGAUGAUCUUUGCUAUCGUUCAGAUCAUUGGGUUUUUCAAUUCCAUUUGUAACCCUAUGGUAUAUGCCUUUAUGAACGAGAACUUCAAGAAAAAUUUCCUCUCUGCAAUCUGCUUUUGUAUUGUCAAGGAAAACCCAUCCCCUUCCAGGCGACUUGGAAACUCAGGGAUUACCAUGAUGCAGCAAAAGGCAAGUCUUUCUCAAAGAGAGCCCAGUGCUUUAGAGGAGGCCAGGAGAGAAGCAUUCAGUGAUGGCAACAUUGAAGUCAAAUUCUGUGAUCAGCCAGCUGCAAAAAAGAAUACAAAAAGGCACCUUGCUUUGUUUGCCUCGGAACUCACUGUGCACUCUGCAUUAGAGAAUGGACCCUAGCGUCAUGAACAGUGGGUUUUUUUUUCAGUAUUAGAGAAUUGCUUCCUAUAUUUGAUAUCUUUCAACAAACCAUUUUGUUUUAUUUUCUACUUUGCACAUUGAAGUGAGAAAAGAAUAUAUUUUAUGGUUUAUGAUAACUCUAGAAUAUGUUUUCAAAACAGUAAUAUAUUUUACAGGGGUUAAGAAUGAAACCUUGGAAAAGAAGUUCCAUUAUGAUUACAAGAAAUAUUUUUCUUAUGCUAAAUUCUGGCUCUAUGGAGUUUACCCCCAAAUGCGGGCAAACUAACACCGUUCUUCUAUUAGCAACUCUGUGUUUACUUUGUGCCUGUGUUCUGGCUGGCCAUGGGAAUGUGCACAGCUGAUUGUGCAAAUUGCCUGAAGGUAUAAUCAGUGGGGUGAGCACAUACUGUCUCUGGGCAGGUCUGGAUUCCAUAUGGACUAUGCUACUUCUACCAAGACCUGCCCUCUGCAGCUCAGUGGACAAAGGAACUGCAGAUUAGAGUCUGGGAGGAGGCAAGGUUGAGACGCAUCAGGUGUAUUAUGCAUUUCUCUUGUGCUAUGUAUGUGAAAGGCCUGCCAGAAUUUGUCUGUAUGGAGUAAGACUUACACACUGUAUGCAUACUAAGGCAUUUGUUAAGGAAAGUCAAUUUGAUGUCAACAAUGUAUGUAUGUGUGUCUAACUGAUGUACUGUCAUCAUAGGAUAAUUAGCUGAAUACAAAUAUAAAUGUAACAGUGGACUGGCCUGUAAACUGCAUCACUUUUUAAUUGAAAAAUGUAUAAUGUCAAGAAGUGCAGUAAAGUCAUCAAUACAAUGUAGAAAUUGGAGGAUGCAUUCCCU